AUGCUACCUCUGCACAUCAUGGUAUCGGAGAGAAAUGCUGUCCACGUGGCGAAGAAGGCGGGUUCAACUCUACCGACCAAGCGAGAGCUGAGAAAGGACUCUAUGAACAAGUGGCAAAGUGAAUGGGUGCAAAACACCGGUACUGGAGGAUGGACACGGCGGCUAAUUCCUGAUGUGAGACCAUGGGUGUCGAGAUCGUUUGGUACAAUAAACUACCACAUCACCCAGUUUCUGACUGGACACGGGUGUUUCGAGCACGCGUUCUUUGAAUGUGAUCGGUGGUGGAGACUACGCAGAGAACUUGAAGUGAAAACGGGCAAAGAAUUUACUCCGGAAACAGCGGUGAAGACGAUGCUCGAAAGCAGGGAAAAAUGGGAUGCAGUGUGCUGCUACGUGGUCAACGUCCUAAAAAUAAGAGAGGAAGAAGAACGUCAACGUCAGCGGGUUCCAGCAAAUAAUUAG